CAAAAUGUGACAGGAAGGAAAGGGUGUCGUUGUGUUUCAGAACAGUAGUCAAUGGGGAAGAGAGUAAGAAGAAGGAGCUGAAAGAAACUAACACAUGAAGAACUAUUUUACAGUAUAUCUCUCACCAACGAUUGCUUCACCCAGGUCAACCUUUCUUCUUCAGCAACAUCUGUUAUUCCUUUUCAGUGAUUGAAUCAAUUAUGGCAAGUUCUGCUACUCCGAACGGCAUCGUUCCGGAGGUGCUUACCCCAGACAACUACGAGGAUUGGAGCAUUAUGGUGAAGAACUAUCUGUUGAGCAGAGAUCUGUGGACUAGCGUCAUAGAAGAUGCUGAAGCUGGAACAACUCCUGAAAAAGAGGAAGAAAGGAAAAAGAACAAUGCCAAGGCUUUGCAUAUUCUUCAGAUGUCUUGCGGAUCCGAAACUUUGUCUCGGAUAAAAGAAAGUACCACAGCCAAAAGUGCCUGGAACACCUUGGCCUCCUUGUAUAGGUCUAGACUAGGAGCCAAUGCUGAUAUAGAACAAGGUCUUCCUUUACUACAUAGAGGUCUACAAAGGGGUGAUUGGGACACUGGAAGCACUUUUGUGGGUAACAAUCGUAGGGCAAUGUAUGAAACUUCAAAGUUGGGCAAGACUGAUAUUCAUGUUGCAGUUCAGACAGGACAAGAGGAUAUGGUGGAGAAGUUGGUAAAUAAAGCGUCAAAACGGCUUCUGUUAGAACGUGAUACAAGAGGGUACACAGCUCUUGCUCUUGCUGCAGAGUUGAGUGACACCAUCUCUGUGGCCAAAUGCAUGGUUGAUAGAAACACAGAUUUGUUAACAAUCAAGACUAAUGACGGUAUGAUACCGGUUGUUUUGGCUGCUGUUAAAGGCAACAAAAACAUGGCCAGAUAUCUUUAUCAUAGAACUCCUAGUCAGGUGUUCAAUGAGGACAGUGGCUACACCAGUGCUUUACUUCUUACUCGAUGCAUCACUAGUGAGAUCUUUGACGUUGCAUUGGAUCUGCUCCAUGAAUAUCAAGUACCCCUCACCAUGAAAUUUGAUGGCGUUACUCCUUUAUAUGCAUUGGUUCAACAACCUUAUGCAUUUCCUAGUGUAAAUCCACCUAAAUUCUGGCUAGAGUGGCUUUACAAAGUCACGCCCAAAAUCGAGGAGGAGGUUCCUUAUACCAUGAAGGAAGACAAAGGAAGGAAUAAGUCAGGUCUCUUGUCUCGUUUACGGCUUCUUGUGGUUACUAUAUUUCUUUGUCUUCCUGUGAUAAGGAAAACACAUAAGAAAAAAAUGACUCACUGGCGUGUAGUUGAGAUUCUCAAUAGCAUGGCUAAAAGAUUUACGGGCUUUGAUGAAGCAAAGCUGAGAGAAGCCUCAGUUUAUGAGUCCCUAUUGGAAGCAUCCAAAAGUGGAAUAGUAGAGUUCAUAAUCACGUUGACUCGAGCUAAUCCUGAUCUUUAUUGGGUUAUUGAUGAAAAGCAAAGAGGCAUAUUUUCGUAUGCCGUUUUGUAUCGGCGAGAAAAAAUUUUCAACCUCGUAAAUGGUUUGAAAGGACAGGGAAAAGUGAUUAUUUCUCGGACAGAUAUAUUUGGCAACAACUUGUUGCAUCUGAUUGGGAGUUCAGUACCCACAGCAGAGCUUGAUCGCAAAUCUGGCCCAGCUUUGCAAAUGCAAAGAGAACUUCAAUGGUUUAAGGCAGUGAAAAGGAUUUUGCAUCCAAAGUUUCAACAAGCUGUAAAUGGAGAUGGUAUGAAGCCUAAAGAACUAUUUACCAAGAGACAUGAGGAGUUGCUGAAGGAUGCAGAGAAAUGGGCAAAGGAGACAGCAACAUCCUUCACAAUUGUGGGGACUCUUAUCAUAACCAUUGUUUUUGCAGCAGCAUUCACUCUUCCUGGAGGGAACGACCAAAGCACUGGCAUUCCCAUGUUUUUGCACAAAACUAUGUUCACUACCUAUGUUGUGUCUGAUGCUAUCUCACUCUUUGCUUCCUCCACUUCUGUCAUGACUUUCAUUGCAAUUCUCACAUCUCGUUAUGCUGAAAGAGAUUUCCUUAAAUCCUUGCCACUCAAGUUGAUGUUUGGCCUUCUCUCACUCUUAUGUUCAGUCUUGUCCAUGAUGGUUGCAUUUUGCUCUGCAUUUUCUUUGAUGCUUCGGGAUUCUGGACAUUACAAAAUAGUGAAUUUUGUCAUCGCCAUUGCAAGCUUAUCUGUGGCCAUAUUCCUACCUAUGCAACUUCGUCUCUUACUUGAGAUUUUUAAUUCCACUUUUAGAUCAGAGGUACUACAUAUCAAGAAAAUCUAAGCUUCAACUGUACUAAUAACUAGAAAUAUUGAUUGGAUCAAAUUUUGCCUUUACUUUCUAAGGUUGUAGAUCAAUCGUACUGCUUUGAAAAGCUUAAAAUGCUUUAUUUUAAUGUUUAAAAAUAGCACAUUCUUGCAGGGUUCCAUUUAA